AUGGUGUUCAAAACUGGGUGCUUGUUGUUAGCUCUCCUAGUCGGGAGCUUAGGUCUCCCUCUAAAUGAGGAGGAAGACAUGUCUGUCUUCUUCGACCACCCUGAUAUAACACCAUACAUUGUCGGAGGGCAAACUGCUGGCAAAGUUCCUCAUAUGGUAGCCCUGAGUACUGGUGUCUUCACCAGAUCCUUCACCUGUGGAGGUUCUCUUAUCACCCAAAGACACAUCCUCACUGCGGCGCAUUGCAUUGUUGCUGUAUUUAGCGGUGGAUCUCUCUUGAAUUCCCUCCGUGGUACAGUAGGCACGAAUCGUUGGAACAGCGGCGGUACCCAAUACGAGUUCGCCCGAAACAUCACCCAUCCCAAUUACGUCCACAACAUCAUCAAGAACGACUUGGGAUUCCUGGUGACAUCCAGGAAUGUCGCUCUGAACAGCAAUGUUAAUGUUGUGCCCAUCUCCUUUGACUUCAUCGGAGGUGAUGUCCCAGCUGUAGUCAAUGGAUGGGGAAGAACAAGAAACGGUGGAUCACUCUCCUCAGUUUUGUUGGAGCUCCGUACCACAGUCAUCGAUGGCCAACAAUGCAUCAAUGAUGUCGCUCGCAGAGCUUCUCAAAUUAACAUGCGCGUCCCACCAGUACAAUCACACAUUGAAGUUUGCACCUACUUAGGUCAGAAUCGCGGAAAUUGCCAUGGUGACUCCGGCAGUGCCCUCCUCCGCAGAAGCGAUGGUCGUCAAAUCGGUGUUGUAUCUUGGGGUCUUCCUUGCGCUCGUGGUGCUCCAGAUAUGUACGCCAGGGUCAGUGCCUACCGCUCCUGGAUCGAACAAAGCACACGAUAA